AUCGUGUUUAUAUCAUCUACCUCGCUCUUUCUUCCUUCCUUCUUUCUCUCGCUUUGGUUUCAUCAUCAGAUCCAACCACCAACGAUAACGACCCCCCAAUUCAAUUUCUUAUCACAAGGUUUGAGUUUGAUCUGAAUUUGUUUAUUCAAUUCAGCUUUGCUUUGUUCUCUUGAUUAUAGAUCAUGUCGGUUUCCUGUUGAGGUUUACAGGUUUGCAAUCGGUGGAUUUGCCAUGUGAAUUUGAGCAAGAGUAAGAUCUGUAUUGAAUUACUUGAUCGUUUGAUUUGUUCUACACGAGACGAAGACGAAGACUGUGAGAAAUCAAGAAGAAUGAUGCGGAGGGGUGGUUUAAUCGGUAGCCAAUAUUCUCUUAUGCUGUGUCCAGUUCUAUCCGUUUGGGAAUGUAUCGUUCGUAAAAUGAGGUAUUCGUUUAGACCUGAGUGGGUGUAGUGGCAGGGGUUCGUACUUUGUAGAUCUAGAUCAAAAACGAUCAUAGCGAUAGUGAUGAUUUAUAGUGUUUAGAAAGAAAGAAAGAAAGAAAUUUUAGUAAUUAAGAAAGUGUUAGUUUUCUGUUUCUAUAUAGAAUUAAGAUAUGGAGUGUGGUAAAUCAGCAGCAUCUGUUGUUAGAAAAGUUAAGAAGAAGCAAGUGAAGGACGAACUGGAUCGAAUCAAACAAGCAGAGAAGAAGAAACGCCGAUUGGAAAAAGCCCUGGCAGCUUCAGCCGCCAUUAUUUCGGAGCUGGAGAAGAAGAACCAGAAGAAGAGAGAAGAACAACAAAGGCUAGACGAAGAGUGUGCCGCCAUAGCCGAGGCGGUUGCUUUGCAGGUCCUAAUCGGUGAAGAAUCCGACCAGAACCAGAAGGAUGAGGAAUGGUAUCCUUCAUGGGGAUGCUAUGACUCCGGUCAAGUUUGGGGGAGUCCGAAUGGGGAAACGGGUUGGGUUUCGAGUGGUUAUGGAGGACCCAGAUGUGAAGGGAACGGGUAUGGAUACGGGUACGGGCUGGGUAAUGUUCAUGUUGUGGAGGAGAGAGAGUGGGAAGGUGUAGGGGAGGUGUCAGAGGGUGCUUUAAUGGCGGCACAGGCUAUCUCUUCUCUCCAGAUUGCAGACGAUACUGUCAAUGUCAAUGCCUUUGUUUUUAAUAGAAUGGUGAGAGGGUGAAGUGAAGCGUUUUAUUUUGUGUGUAUUUGAUUGAGUGAGAAUAUGUGAGAUGUGGGGUUUGUGUUCUUUUGAUCAUGUUUCUUCUUGAAAUCAUAUUGUUCCCUAAGGAAACUACAUUAUUGCAGUCUGAUGAUGAUGUUAUUAAUAAUAUUUACAUAACCGACUCUAUACUCUAUAGUUGUUCAGUUAUGUGGCUUGUUGCUUUUGA